AUGUUUCCAACUCGAAAACAUCCUAUACCGGACCGAGGAUCGGACUCGCCAUUUCCGGAUUUGCAAUCCUAUGGCAAGGCUACUGGAAACCCCAUCGACAGUUACUUGCGCCAUCAAGUAUGCAGCACGGCCGUCACCGAAACGGACACCCCACUCGUCGUAAAGGACAUCGUCAAUAAAAUGGUGCUGGAGGACAGUAAAAUAUUCGAACGGAUCACUCUGGAGGGACCGGAACCCCCCUGGAUGCAAGGCCCCCUCAAGGUGGCAUUUCUGGGGGCCUCCGGCGUUGGUCGCACUAGUAUUUUGCAGCAAUUUUUCAAGCAUGACUUCCCGAAGACUCACGUUCGCACCAGCCGUCGGUCGGUGUACCGCAGCUGUCUGGUAUGCGACACAUGCAUCCGGGAGCUGAUGGUGAUCGAUGUGCCACCGCAGAGACGCUUUCCCGUCGACAAUCUCGCUGAGUGGAACAACGGCCACCCGCUGGGGCUCCGCACGGUGCACACCUACGUGCUCGUGUACGACAUGGGCAAUCUCGAGACGUUCCAGUACUGCCGCAGCAUGCGUGAUCAAAUUCUAGAAAGCUUUAAUCAUCGUGAUUUUAAAAUUAUGGUUGUGGGCAACAAGCUCGAUCUGGUAUCGGAAACCAUUCCGCACACUCAGGAAUUAAAGGAUAUCUCUACUUUGGUCCGCAAGCACUGGCGCUGCGGUUACGUCGAAUGUUCCGCAAAGUAA